AUGUCCGAAACAGAAAUAGAGUGGCCCUGGCAAUACAAUUUCCCACCGUUUUUCACUCUCCAGCCUCAUGCAGAAACUAGAGCGAAACAAGUACAAGCUUGGAAAAGUUUAAUUUUGGACUAUUGCAAAAAGUGCAAAUUGUACUUGAUAGAUGUUAGAGAAGCCAGUAAUAUUCCUUUAUUCAAUAAUUCGGGUAUCAAUAGGAAACUUGAACAAACCGUCAUUGUUUCAAUACUGUCCGAACUUCAGAAAACUGGACAUGCAGCACCUAUUGACAAGCCUAAAAAUCGUUGGGAAAUCUACUGGCACACACUAGAAGAAUGGUCCUCGAUGAUCUACGAUUACGUUUCCAAUAGGGGCUUGCAAGGUUCUGUACUAACUUUAUAUGAAUUAUCGCAAGGGGAUGAUGUCAAAGAUGAAGAGUUUUAUGAAAUGCAACAAGAAGUAUUAAUCAAGGUACUGCAAACGCUUGAAAAAGACAGAAAAUGUGAAUUGAUUUUGUCAGAUGACGAUCAGGGAGUCAAGUUUUUUUAA